AUGGGCUCCAGCCUGCUGCUCAUGCUCAUGCUGCUUCAAGCAGUUUGGAAAGGUGCUCUGGGAAAAUCCCAUUCACUGCACACCCGAGGAAUCAUCGAGUUGGCAGGAGCUAUAUCGUGUGGCACAGGGCGGUCUCCCCUGGCAUAUAUUGGCUACGGAUGCUACUGUGGACUGGGAGGACAAGGCUGGCCUAAAGAUAGAACAGACUGGUGCUGCCACAGGCAUGACUGCUGCUAUGACAAGGCAGAGAAGGAAGGCUGCAGCCCCAAGGCUCAGCGGUACCAGUGGGCAUGCGAACGGAACACUGUGCAGUGCGAUAACCUGACAGACCGCUGUGAGAAAAUGGUGUGCCUGUGUGACCAAGAAGCAGCCAAGUGUUGGGGAGCAGCCCCAUACAACCCACAAUUCAUUCUCUGGCCAGAUUUUUUAUGUGGACAGACUCAUCCCACCUGCCACUUCAGAUAUGGGGGGCCAGAGUAGUUUUUGAAGACCUU